AUGGACAAGCUCCUUGCUCUCGCGGUCACCUGUGCCCUCUUCAUGUCCAAUGUGGUUGGCGUCGCCGCCACACCUCAAACGACAUGCAAGGCAGCGGUCGACAUCGACAAGCGCGUCAACUACAAUUUCUGUGUGUCGCAGCUGCUAGAUCACCACGAGAGCACCAUGGCCGACACAUGGGGCCUCGCCAAGAUCGCCGCCUUGCAGGGAGCCAACAACGCCGCCCAUGCCAAGGCCGACAUCGAUGCCUUGCUAGCAAAGCCGGGCACCGGAGACCAGAUGAAGCGUUUGCUAGGGCAGUGCAAGGGCUUGUACGAUCGCACGUUCAUGACGUUCGUCUUAGCGCAUGAGGAGCUUAACAAGCGCAGAUACGCCUCGGGCAAAGAGAAGGCGGCGGAGACUGUGGCGCUCGUGCACCAGUGUGAUGAGGCCUUCGUGGAAGCUCGCGUCCGCUCGCCGCUCACCAAGCAGAGUGCGGACUCCCUGCAGCUGGCCAUCAUCUGCGCGGCCAUCACCAACCUCAUCAAGUGA